AUGGGGUGGCGAACCAAAUGUCCCAGUUCACAAGAGGAAACCCAAAGGAACAAAGGCCGGCCGGCCAGAUUCGAGAGUUUCCAGGCAUAUGGUCGCAGUUCUGAAAGCAAAUACGCCGCCGAUAAACGAGAAUGUCGCGCAGUGCUGAAGGUGUUGAAGACAUUCAAGAACUCGCUAUAUGGAGUACAUGUCCGCCUUGAGGUGGACGCUUUGACGCCGGCAGCGGAAUUGAAUCGCUCAGCAACGGAUCUCCCUGGCGCACUGGUUACUCAGUGGAUUCCUUGGAUCCGAUUGUUCGAUUUGGAAGUCAAACGUGUGCCAGGAAAGAAGAACGUCGUCGCAGAUGCACUUUCUCGACGCCCUGCGAUAGAUGCAGAUCGCGCGGAGCUGCAAGAAGAAGAGGACAUUGAUGAAUGGGCGUCGAAUCACCCGAGUUCCGUACGACUCAUGUCCAUUCGCGUCUCCUCUGACAACGCUGAAGGUUCACAAUCCCAACGCCGGGGUGUGAUUGUCAAUGAAACCGCUAUGGAAGGAGAGUCGAGUACCGGACCAGAGAUGAAAGCAGACGAAUAUGGCCAACGACCAUGCUAA